AUGAUUGUCGUUGUUCCUAAUCUGAUGGGAAUCGCUCUGUUCUCACCGCCACUCGACAAAACGGGCAACCCAAUUAAAGGGGUCGCCUUUUGUCAGAAGCUCGUCGACAAAUUCAGUUUCCACAACUAUGACAGUCUUCUACAUGCCGAUACCCAUAAAUUAGAUCCACGUCGUCAAGUCAGCAGUCGUGACACGGAAGUGGUCGUAUCCCUGUUGUUUGCUGCAAAGAACGAUGAUUUGGAAACCAUUAGAAGGAUGUAUCUCCAAGGGGCAAAUAUGAAUGUAGCCGAUUAUGAUGGAAGAACCGCUCUACACAUAGCUGCCUCAGAAGGACAUGAAAAAUUGGUGAAAUUCUUCCUCGGUGUUGCAAAAGUCAACCCUUGUCUCAAGGAUCGAUGGGGUAGAACGCCCGUGGAGGAUGCACGGCUCUUCAAUAAACCGCAAUGUGUCCGCCUUCUUGAAGGUUACUGUCCAAAGAGAAGUUGUUCACUCGGUUGGUAUCUGGAAGAAAGCGACGACAAAAACACUGAAACCGUCAAUUCUACGAGCAGCCCCUCAGAUGAAACUCUUGACUACUUGCCGGACGUCGAAACAGAGGCGAAAAAACAAGGCCGAAAGGACGGAAAUGAUAACCAACCUUCUACUCAUAGCUCUUGA